GAGCCCAUUGAGCGCCGCGCUAAAAGCGUCGCCGCGCUGCCCCCGCGCCCCGCGCGACCGCCAGCCGUCGCCCGCAGCCCCAUCCAAAGCUGCCCCCGUCGAAAAAGCGCCCGCGGCCCCGCCCGCACCCUGCCACAGAGCACCUAGCGCCAUGCCCAUCAUCCGAAAAAAGCAGCCCCGCUUGUAUGCGGGCGUCAAGCAGGAUCAAAGAAUACCAAAUAAGACGGGCCACGUCGCCUUUAUUGAUGUGGGCGAGGAGCGCAUGAAGUGGCAGCGGACCGUAAGUGAAACGGACGCGCUAUAUCAACUACCUGAUACGCGGUCGCGGUGCGGCACGCCCUUCGGCACCUCAACCAGGUCGGACUGGGAGAACACGAUGAAGAGCAAAAGAGAUUUGUACAACCCCUACGCCUCGCCAGGAAAUUAUAAUCCACCGCUCAAUGUUACUUUGAGGGCUCCACCGUCCAUCAAGUUCGGCUACUCUUCCAGAUUGGAGAGAUAUGGUCGCAAUAAAACUCCCGGACCGGACUAUAAUAUCGACGGGAUCUACUCGAACGGCCCGACGUGCGGCCGGGUCAAGCUCGGGUUCGCGAAGAGCAAAAGGAAGGAUUUGAUCGUUUCUGCCACGGAUGCCAGUUACUUCCCGCGCUUCCCCAAGGGCAAGAGCGCCCCAUUGACGGGAAGGAACUUCUUCGGGCUCAAGGAGGAGCAGUCGCGGUCGCCGGGACCGGUCUACGACACCGCGAAAUAUGAUUUUGGCAAGCCCGCGGCGAACGUUAUUGGGUUCCCGGGCGGCCAUUUCAGUUUUGGCGCCGGGCGCAACUUCGACCGGUUCAAGUUGCGGGACCAGCCCAUGAUCCUCUCGGCCGAGUUGCGCUAGUCUACGAUCGGGUCGCGGCGGCGGCGUCGGGGCGGCGUCGACGACUCACCACCCAGAACUCACGCCGCCGACGCGACUCAAUUAACUACGAGAUAGGAGUGUAAG